UGGUGGGGAGGAAACCAGUCACUGCACCCACAGCCAAGGGCAGGCAGCAGAUCAGGAGCUUCUUGGAUCUAAUAUUAGAGCCUGUCAUCAAUUCUGCAGGAAAGGACUGAUGCUGAAGCUGAAACUUCAAUACUUUGGCCACCUGAUGCAAAGAACUGACUCCUUGGAAAAGAUCCUGAUGCUGGGUAAGACUGAAGGCAGAAGAAGGUGACAACAGAGGCCAAGGUGGUUGGAUGGCGUCACCGACUCAAUGGAUGUGAGUUUGAGUAAACUCCAAGGGUUGGUGAUGGACAGGGAGGCCUGGCGUGCUGCGAUUCAUGGGGUCACAAAGAAUCGGACAUGAUGAGUGACUGAACUGAACUGAACUGACUGAACCUCAGAACAAGUUACAAAGUGAAAACUCUGUAAUUCUCCCAAAACCUCCACUCUCCUUGGCACUAUCCACAAUAGUGCAGGAAACAACUGAGGUUAUGAACUUGGUCCUGACCCCUUGCUCUAGAGGAACUCUUGCGUAUCUUCUCCCCAAGUCAAGCUGGGCUUUGUGGGCUGCUGCGCCACGUUAAUUUCCUCAUCGCAGCUGUGUCCUGAAGGGGUGGGACUAGGAUAACUGAUUCAAAAACUCAAGUCAUGGGCUGAAUGCUUAAAAAGAAUUCGGCAUGGAGGGGAACUUAAUAUUUUUAAGUACAAAUAUAGGAAUAUAAAUCUAAGAAAUAACACAUUUUUAUAUACCGUGAAUCACCACAAUGGCAUUCCUGCAGCCAUAAAACAAAGAUUGGAGCAACAUGGCAGGUGUGUAUAAUACUAAGAAAAAACACAGACUGUGAAUAGUGUAUGUGAUAGCAUUGUAGCUACAUAAAAAUGUGCAUUGCACAUGGACAAUAAGAUCAAAGGAACUAUAGAAAAUAAAAGGAUUGCAAAAGAUAAAAAUACAUACAUUUUUAACAAUCUCCUAAAUAAUUCCAAAAGACGCCAGGUUCAAUGAGUACUGGACUAGCUAAAUAAACCUUGACCCCUUGAAGUUUUAGAAGAAAGGAUUGUACAAGUUUUACUUUUUCCAAUAAAUGUAUACCUUUGUUACCCCAGAUUUUAGCUGUUAAGAACCUCAAAAGAACUUUCCAAAUUCCUUUCCAAAUUUUGUGGGAAGUUCCAAAGGGUAUACCCAAGAGUUCUGUGGAUUCCCUGUACCACACUUUCUCAUUUCCACCUGUGACGGGGACAUCUUGCUUCAGGUAAAGUCUUCUUGGUUGUGAAUCUUGUAGCUCUUUCUUCAUCGCAGCUCUGGUGUCAAUUAAGGGAGCCUGUUGAUUUCUAGACACAAAAUAACUAAUCACAUCAUGGGAUUUGCCCCAGGACAAACUUUACUGAAAGCUUUGGGGGAAUGGGGGGUGCAGGAGAGUUACUGCAGAAAUGUAAACAGCUUUGGCUUGAGUUCUAGGCAAAAGGGCCCUCUGAGUUCUUUGAGACAGGUUAUUGAGCCAGCCUCUGUCUUUGCUUUUCCUUUGUUGUUGGAGCCAAUGGGGGAGAACACAGUUAUCUGCAAGAACCAGGUGGGUGAAGAGGUAGAGUUUGAAAUGGACAGUAAAACAGACAGGACUCAAGCAGAAAUGUGGAGCGGGAUGAAGGGUCCUAGGAGGGAAAGCACGAGCCCUGUCUUCAGUGGUAACCAAUAAUUCAUUCUUUGUGCUGGUAAUCAUGGGAGGACGGAAGGUGGCAAGAGAUGAAGGAAAUGCCUAUGGGGGUCUUUCCAACCCAGGGAUCCAACCCAGGUCUCCCGCACUGCAGGCAGAUUCUUUACCAGCUGAGCCACAAGGGAAACCAGUAAAGGUUUGGUCCCAAACACAACCGUGGAGGCGCUCUGUUCUCCUUUGCUCGCAAGGCGUCCAGGAGACCUGGGGACCGGGACAUGUCGCUCUCAGGUUCCGAAGCUUACAGACCACCGGUGCCCACAGGUUUCCAGUUCAGGUCCGCCCCGCAGGAGCGCAGGCUGCGCCUCCUCCUGGUUGGGAGGUCGGGGACCGGGAAGAGCGCCACGGGCAACAGCAUCCUCCAGCGGAAGCACUUCCUCUCCAGGCUCGCGGCCACGGCGGUGACCCAGGCCUGUGCCACGGGGAGCUGCCGCUGGGCCUCGUGGGAGUGGAAAUCCUCGACACCCCCGACCUCUUCAGCCCCGAGGUCGCCCAGGCAGACCCGGGCUUUGAGGAGAGAGCCCGCUGCUACCUGCUGUCGGCCCCGGGGCCCCACGCCGUGCUCCUGGUGACCCAGCUCGGCCGCUUCACCGCCCAGGACCUGCGGGCCUGGCGCGGGGUGAAGGCGCUCUUCGGGGCGGGCAUCGCGGCGCGCGCCGUCGUGGUCUUCACCCGCAGGGAGGACCUGGCGCGGGGCUCGCUGCAGCAGUACGUGCGCGACACGGACAACCGCGCCCUGCGGGAGCUGGUGGCCGAGUGCGGGGGCCGCUGCUGCGCCUUCGACAACCGAGCGGCCGACAGGGAGCGCGAGGCGCAGGUCGGCGAGCUGAUGGGGCUGGUGGAGGAGCUGGUGCGGGACCACGGCGGGGCCCCCUACACCAACGACGUGUACCGCCUGGUGCAGACCCUGGGCGGGCUGAGCCCCGAGGAGAGGCUGCGCAGGGUGGCGGAGCGACUGGCUGCCCGCGCGCCGACGUGGCCGGGGCGCUGGCCUCUGGCCGGGCUGUGGCGGUGGCCCAAGGCGGCGCCGGGGACCCGGUGUAAACUGGGCCUGGCCGCCCUGAUGGGCGCCCUGUUCCUGCUGUACCUGCUCUGCAGGUAGCUCCCGAUUCCUUUCGUGAGGUCUGUCCUGAUAAAUGGUAAAUAAUACUUUGUCCCUUGCAGUGAUAAUCACGUUCAUCUGAGGUGCGCUGCUGCUCCAGGGCCCACAUUCCCUUCUUUUCUCCCUCAUCUUGCCUAAUCUACCAACCUCAGAGUCGUCCCAGGCAAAUCUCCCACCUGAAACCUUCCUGUGUUACCUGGUGGUCCCUGAACUCCCCACUCUGCAGAACCUAACAGCCACUGUUAAUUUUAGGUGUUUUCCACCUGACCUCAGACUGCCUUUGACUCCCUCCUGUCACUGAACUGUUUUUACUCCUGAAAGCAGAUGAGGACCAUUUGCCCUCUCAUCCCCUGGACUCCCGGGUGAACCAAGGGCAGAACCACCCCAGGGCAAAGUCUGAGUACAUAUUCAUUUGUUUGAAUUGAACUGAAUGGAAGAAAUAAAUGUACUGGACAGUCA